UCUUUAGGUUAUACGUCCAUCUUUACAACAGUGAUGUUAUUAUUUGUAAUUUCCAGUGUAAAGAUACAGAGUGUAUUCUCUAAAACAUGAUUAAAUCGUAGAGAAUAUACAGUUCUAUAGCUUAAUUAGAAAGAAUACAUAAUUUUACCUUUUGACACUCAAAUACAAAUGUUAAUAAACUUUUUGAACUCGAAGAAUUCGUCUGCUGAAAGGUUCAGAGUGAACUGGCUGAGCCCAUAGCCGGUGACCUAAGUCUGCAGUGUAGACGUCAUCACGUCGGUCCCAUCAGUGAUCAAGUUAGCGGGGGGUGGGGGGGGAUCAGAUGGUGCCCCCCCACACCAAACCCGCAUGGUCCCCCGCCUUGUUGCGACUUCGGCGACCAUCAUCCCCUGUGGUGGCAAUGCCCCCGCAAAUCCGCUCUCUAUCCCUGUCAAAAGCAACCAGCAAUCAGAUGAAGGCAUGAGCCUCAUAGUUCAGCUCGGCACCACCAAUGUCGGGUACACUCCAACACUGACCACAGCUGUAGUGAGCUCCAGCAACACCAGCAAUCGCUCCGUCAACUUGCGUGCCCAGGUAGCUUCUGCGGGCCAGCAGCCUCCGAGCGUGGCCAAGCAUCGACUACCCAUGCAGAUCAAUCGGCAGCCGCAGCAGGUGAACCGGUCCCUGCAGCAUACUGCUUUACCUGCUCGCAACAUUGCAGCGCUGGCUCGUCCAAUCAACAACAACCAUGCGACGCCCCCUGUGUCUCAGUCUGCCCCCUCACCCACCAUCGCUGGCCGAGUACUUGCCAGCCCUGUCAAGGAUUCUACUUUGGAUGAUGAUCUUCUGGAAGGUGUUGUGGAGAAGAGGCCAAAAUACCAUAAACAUCUUCCGUUAAAUUAUCAGUACGUCCUGCAAGAUCACAACUAUGGAGCACCUCCACCCCCCACUCCCAACUCUCCGCCAAAGCCAUUGGUCAAUGGAGUGGCAACAACCAACGGCUUGACACGCAGCCAGCCUCCCAUCAGCCAACAGCCUCCCAACAAUACUCACUACGCAGCCAACACCUUUGCAGCCAACCGCCAACCCAAGAAUGUGCAACCUACCAUACCACCUGCUUCCACCACCUUCGGCAGCACUACCAUGUCCAACGUGUUUGGCAUCGGCACACGUGGUCCGGUGCGAGGAGUCACUCCAGCCGAGGAGAGUGAUGUGGAGAGUACAGAUGGAGAAAGGGAGGUCGAUCCCCAAGGCGAGGAAACUGAAACUGCCCCUGAGGGCGAAGACAACGAAGACGACAGUGUCACUAGAUGUAUUUGUGAUUUCCAGCAUGAUGAUGGCUAUAUGAUAUGCUGCGACAAGUGUUCGGUUUGGCAGCAUGUGGAUUGUAUGGGGAUUGACAGAGCCAAUAUCCCAGAAGAAUACAUGUGUGAGAAAUGCCAACCUCGCCGUAUAGACAAGCAGAAAGCCAUAGCACUGCAGAUGAGGAAGAAGAAGGAGCUUCUGGACACAUCCGACUCUUCCAGUGACACUUCAUCAGGUUCUGAUACAAAUGUUCCACCGCGUAAACCAGGAGCACCAGCUAACAACCGUAAACCGGCUCAGCGCAAGAAUAUUACAACGGGUGGCAAGCAGCGACGUGAAUCCAACAAGGACUCAAAUCGCCAGAAUAACAGACAGGUUUUCCGUAAGAAGCAAACAGAAAAGAGACCACCAUUAAGAAGGAAGAGUUCCCAGCCUUCUGUGAAUAACAAUCCUCCGGCCGCUGAGAAGAGUUCUCCGGUUGAGAAGAAGCCACCGACCCCUGUCACUCCGGUUGAGCAGCUGCGGCAGUGGAUAGACAGUUAUGAGGAAGCCGUCACCAACCACUACUCACCUGAACUACGCGCCAGGGUAGCUGCCAUUAAGGUCAACGGAGUACAUUCUGACCUGAAGCUGCCCACGAAUCUGUUGACUACACCCAAGUACCGCAUCUCACUCCUCCCCUCUGGAGUUAAGAUCCUAGUGGCGACUGUGGCACUAUCCAGUAACCAGCCUUUAGUGGAGCUUAGGGGCAAGUACAUGUUGUGUGGUGGGGGAGCCAACCGUCCCCUUCGGCCCCCUGUUCCACCACCAGGACCGUACAUCUUCCACUACAAGUUACCUCGAGAUAACACAGAGGUUUGCGUUGACGCUAGGACCUAUGGCAACGACGCUCGCUUUGUACGACGCUCUUGCAAACCCAACGCUGAGGUGAGACAUUGUAUCGAAAAAGGAGUUCUUCAUUUAUACCUGGUGACGACAAAAGCAAUGGACAAAAACACAGAAAUAACUCUUGCCAUGGGUCCGGGGCUUGUGUGUGCAUCUUGUUUGGACAACCCCUGCCCAGCGGCUGUGCCUCUCACCUCCACUGACAAUCAUAAGAUCCUUAACGGGCUGAUCUCUCCAAACAAUAACAACAACAAUGUCAAUACUCAAAUCUCAGACAAACGCAGGCGUGGUAGAAGACGAACAGUGUCUGAAAACCUAUCUCCGCCAAAAGCUUCACCAAAACCAACACCGAAACCGCAACCUUCCAAGGCUCAAGCUGCUUCUAAAGUGUCUCCGACUCCCAAGCCAACACCCAAGGUGGUCCCAUCGGUGCGAGUGCCUACACCCCCGCCGCGGGUGCCGACACCUCCCCCUCCACCUGAGCCUGAAGUGGAGAAACCCGUAAAAGCUCCCACCCCUCCACCCUCCCCUCCUGCUGCUCCUUCCCCUCCCCCACCCGCACCCACCACACGCAGUGCUGCCAACAACGCAGCUCGCAAACCACCUCCCGCUCCCACCACUCCCAAGAAGAAGGAAGAGCCCCUGAAGGAGGAAGUGGUAAAAGAAGGGACCAAACUGAGCAAAAAGGAGGCUGCGGAUAAGAAGAAUAAAAUGACGAGAGAAGAAAGGAAGAUGGAAGCAAUAAUGAAAGCUUUUGAACGUAUGGAGAAAGACCAAGCCCGUAAACAAGAAGCUCAGGCCAGGCAGACUCAUCGCAAAGAUUCUACUGAAACAGAUUUUAAACCUCAUCUGACUGAGACCAAGGAAAAGGAGAAUAAGGAAAAGGAUAAAUCAAGUGACAAGGAGGACAACAAUUCCAGCUCUAAGAAUAGUCAACGCAAGAGGAAAUUCACAGUGACAAAGCGUAAAGGGCGCGGCAGAUCUCAAAGCACUCCACAGCCAGUAUUAAGGCCACGCCGGACGCUACGUCGUAGCCAGCCAACGCGGGAGCGAUCUCCUGACUCUGCUGAGUCCUCUGAUGACGAGUCACCUUUGAGACAGCGGCCGAACCGUACCCCCACCCCUCCCCCUGCACGACGCCACACUCCCCCCACCACUCCCACUCAGAACAAUACGACUAGUACUGCCACAGACUACAAGAAGAGCUACGAGAGUCCACCACCACACACCAGUCCCAGCAGUGGUGCUGGGGACACUCCGCCAACACCCAUGUCCAAGACAGCGAUGUUGAUAGCGGCAGCCGUAGGACCACUCGCUCCAGGCUUCAAGUUCCCCAAGACUAAGAAGGGAAUAUUGACCUCGUGGCUCAACAAGUCACCAGAGAGUUCUCCGCCAGCACAGCCAGAGCAGCAAGGCUACAACGCCAAGAAGCGAUGGCUGCGUCAGGCCAUUAGUGAGGAGUGUGACUCCCCCAACAGUCGUCCUGACGUGACCAACUCUCCUUCUGAACAUGUAGCUCCGCCCAAGAAAAGGCGAAUGGCUCGAGAGUCCAUCUCUGAGGACCAUUCUGUCACUCCCCCUACCACGCCUACCCACACGGCCGAGGCUCUUAGUCAGAUGACUGAUGAAGAGGACACAGUCUCAUCUCCUCAAGAUAAUGUUAAGCCUGCUCAAGAGAGCCACGAUGAGGUGUGUGGAAGCAGUCAGGAAUCAGAAGGACCUGAUUCCCCAACCCCAGCUUUAAAAUCUAAAACUAAAGUUAAAAAGGAAGCGGAAGAAGAAACAGAAGAGUCAGAAGGGGAACAACUGAAACCGAAUGUUUGUGUGAAAGAAGAAGAUUCUACCGUGAAGGAUGAUUUUAAGGUCAAAGAAGAAGCUGUCAAAGAGGAAGGACAGGUGAAAUGUAAAACCGAAGCAAAGGAAGGGAGAAAAACCAGGUCAUCAGGCAGUGAAGACGAGGUGAAAAAAACUAAAACUGCUGAGCAAUCAGCAGCUGCUGCCGCGACAGCCAUAAAACGCAAGCUCUCAAUAUCAGAGUACCGUCAGAGGAGACAGCAAGGCGGGGGAAGUGGCACAGGGCAGGGAACUACAGGCAAGAGUGGUGGAGGGACAGGUGGAGCUUCCUCACCCCCCACCUCUGCCACCUCCUCCAUGUCCUCAUCAUCUUCUGAAGAUGAAGAGGAGCCUCAGCCUCAAACUGUCAUUGCCAAGUCUCUCAUGUUAGAGGCGGCUUUGGAUACCAACCUUGCUAAGAAACCUCCAACAAAUAAUAUUUUUAGUUCAGCCCCGACAUUGGUUGAACGCCAACGUGAAAACUUGACCCAGAGACUCAAAAGGGAGUUUGGACUGUUUCUCAGUGAUGACGAGGAGCAAGAGAAGGCCAGAAAGCAAGCAAAUAUCGACUCUCUGAAUAAACAAGAGAAGGAGAAGGAGUUGGGUAAGAAAAUGGUGCCACCUCCACCUCCCCCGCCACCAGCAGAUCCGCCUGCUCACUACGGACCUCUCUACUUCCCCGGAGUGGGGCACCCAAUGUACUCUAACCGCUACCCCCCAGCCACCGCAGCACCCACACCCUUCUACAACCCUGGCUCCUCUUACUACCAGCAUUAGGUCUGGAACUGUUUGUUGUUGAAAUAUUGUUGAUUUUAUAAUUAUAACUUGUUUUGCAUAGUGUUCAUGCAUAAAGAUGUUUAUUACACUAGUAUUUAUUUGUUAAAUUUUCCAGUUGCAGAUAUUUAACACACUUUUUUAAUAUUCCAGUUACUGAAGUUUACCUUACCUUCGACCCAGAAAAAGUUCCUGUCCUCUACCUUCUCAUCCUCAUACGAAGGUAAAGUCUAAACUUAUCUUCAUAAAUUCCCAUUCAUCUUUGUUAAGGUUGAUCCUGUAAUUUUAUCUUGGGAUUUUUCAAUUGACACUGAGGCACUUCUCUAUUAUCUGUUUCUAGUUGGUAAGAAUGAGAAAACAAAAAAGUCUUACUAAUGGUUACUAAAACCAAUUUCUGUGUAUCAGAAGACCUUUUUAUAUAAACCUUUACAGUGAAUGAUUAUAAUUUGUGAGAUUUAGCUGCAUAUUUGGUUUUUAGAAAACAUUUAUUUUUGUUUAUUUUUACUUAUCAGUUUAUUAAUAAUCCUUAAGCAUGUUUUUAGAUAUAUCUUUUAAUAGUAUUUUCAUAAGUAAUUUUGCUAUAGUGCCAUGUAAUAAAAUAAUUGUGAAUAUUGUAACCUUACAGGAAUAUAAUUAAGAUUCCAUCUUGUUGGUGGCUAACAAGGCCAGUUGUUUUCAGGACCGUUGCAGACAUUGAUGUACUUAUGUAAUCGGUCUAGUGACAUAUACCAAGCAGUACAACCAGUAGCGCUAGUAAGAAGGCAAGAGAAAUGUGUACAGAAAUGGCUAUUGUAAAUACAUAAAUCAUCACAUAAUAAUUGUAAUCCUUCCUUCAACCCCAUGUACAGAAAGUGUAAAAAUGGUUUUAUUUAUAUCGUUCUUUAUUUUUUUAUUAAAAAAUAAAAUUGGAAAAAUA